GUAUGUUUGCUUUAGAAACUAAAAAUCGGGAGAACUCGUGGAGCUGCUUAGUCCUUGCGCACACAAUCUGGAAACUUCCACACUCUUCUAGUCUUUUCCUUUUUCCUUGUUUUGUUAAAUUCUUCUGGUCAUUUUUAUUUGCCUUGUAGACAUUUAUUUUCCUGCAUUCCAGCAACACACCAAAUCUUAUUUCCUUUGACAAAACACUAUUUGCGGCAAAAGAAGAGCAUCAGAUAAAAAAUAAGAGCAAAGUGAAGGAGUAGAAGCAGAAGAAUAAAAGAAGAUGGGUGUAGAUUAUUACAAGAUUCUGCAAGUUGACAAGAAUACAAAAGAUGAUGAUCUGAAGAAGGCUUAUAGGAAGCUUGCCAUGAAGUGGCACCCUGAUAAGAACCCAAAUAACAAAAAAGAAGCUGAGGCCAAAUUCAAGCAAAUCUCUGAAGCCUAUGAGGUUCUGAGUGAUCCACAGAAGAGAGCUAUCUAUGAUCAGUAUGGUGAAGAAGGGUUAAAAGGCCAAGUGCCACCUCCGGAUGCUGGUGGACCUGGUGGAGCAACAUUUUUCCAAACCGGAGAUGGUCCAAAUGUGUUUAGAUUCAACCCCAGAAAUGCUAAUGACAUUUUUGCUGAGUUUUUUGGGUUUUCUAGCCCCUUUGGGGGAAUGGGGGGCGCUGGUCCUGGCAGUGGGAUGAGAGGUGGUUCAAGGGCAUUUGGUGGCAUGUUUGGAGAUGAUAUGUUCAGUUCCUUUGGUGAAGGAGUACCAAUGAAUCAGGCUCCUCGUAAAGCUCCUCCUAUUGAAAGGACGUUGCCUUGUAGCCUUGAGGAGUUGUAUAAAGGAACCACAAAAAAGAUGAAGAUUUCAAGAGAAAUAGCAGAUGCUAGCGGAAAGACAUUUACAGUGGAGGAAAUCCUGACCAUUGAUAUCAAGCCUGGUUGGAAAAAGAGAACUAAGAUUACCUUCCCUGAGAAAGGAAACGAACAACCGAAUGUAAUCCCUGCAGAUCUUGUUUUCAUAAUUGAUGAAAAACCUCACAGCACAUUUACACGCGAGGGCAAUGACCUGGUUGUCAUGCAAAAGAUAUCGCUCGCUGAAGCAUUAACAGGCCACACUGUCCGUCUUACAACAUUGGAUGGAAGGAGCUUGACUAUCCCUAUUACCAAUGUGAUUCAUACUAACUAUGAGGAGGUUGUCCCGAGGGAAGGUAUGCCAAUACCAAAAGAGCCGUCGAAGAGAGGUAACCUGAGAAUAAAGUUCAAUAUUAAAUUCCCAACGAGGUUAACUGCAGAACAGAAGUCUGGAAUCAAGAAGUUAUUGGCUCCAUAGGUGUGGAUUCUGAUCAUCAUUAGGAAAAACAUGAGUUGGAACCUGUGAAUAUCUUCUCCUCUUUCCCUUAUGUUCAAAGCUGCGUUAUUCGUUAUGUAACGCAUUUGCCAUCCAGAAUAAAAUGUCUAUUAGCACUGCAGAGAAAUCCAAGUUGUGAUGUAGAACAAUUUUGUACCUUAUAAACAAGUACCAUACUGUUUGCUGUUACUAUAUAUUUUUUUGAGUGAUGCAAAUCCUUGUUCAAGUCA